GGAACAUAUCUCAAACGCUGUCCCUUUUCGUCAUCUCACGCAUACUCUCUCUCUCUCAACAGCUAUGGUAUUUCUGUCUCUCCGAAGGGUCGUUAAAAUAAUAAUAAAAAUAACAAUAAAUGAAAAGGAAACACUAACAAUUCAACUUAAGCCCAAGAGUCACUACGACGAGGUUUUCUAAGCUGAGAAGAAACGGCACCACGAAGCCUGAGAAGACGAAACAAGAGAACACACAAAACAACACCGUAACACGAACAAGUAUUUGAAGAGAUUGGUCAACUGGGUCGUUUUCAUUUUUUCUUCUUCUCAUUUCUUGGUUUUCUUGUUCAGGAGGAGACAGAAACAGAGUCAGCAACUUUUAGAGGGGGUUUUGGUUUGAAGGAAAAAUAAAGGGUAGUUCAAGUUAUCUCUUGGAGAACAAUACACGAUAACACAUAUUUGUGUUGUUCUAUUCUGACUCUGUUUUCGUGAGAUAUACGUUUCACUAUGUGGAGAAAUUAACACAGUCGUUCACUUCUAAUUUCUCGGGGUAUUUCUUAAGAUGGAAUCUGUUAAGCCAUCAUCAGUGGCACCAAGCAAGAGCAAACUGGCUCGCACUUUUGCCAAGGUUCUUCAUGUUAGAGCAAUGACUGGAAUUGCACCAGUUGAUGGACUGAAGAAUGUUAAAGUUGACGCAGAUCUCAACAAUGAAGGAAACAUGGGUAAGAAUGCAAUAAACAAAGAAGACGAAGAGCUUCAGAAAAGAAAGGCCAUAGACGCUUUGCUUGCAAAAACUUUUGCUAGCAUUUCAACUGUGAAAUCUUCAUAUGCUCAGCUGCAGUAUGCUCAGUCUCCAUAUGACCCUGAUGGAAUUCAAGAGGCUGAUCAAUUGAUUGUCUCAGAGUUCAAGACCUUGUCCGAGCUAAAGCAAUGUUACUUCAAAAAACAAUUUGAUCCUUCACCACAUAGAGCAAUUCUUGCAGCUGAAUCAAAGGAGCUGCAAAGUGUCAUAAAAACAUUCGAGAUCAUGGGAAAGAAGUUAGAAUCACAGGCACGGCUCAAGGAAUCCGAGAUCAUAUUUCUCAGAGAGAAAUUACUGGAAGCUAAUAUGUUGAACAAGUCAAUUGAGAAGAGGUUAACUCAAAGUGGGUCAUUAUCAGUUCUUGAUAAUCUCCAUAUCUCAGGAUUAAGUCCUAGCCAUUUUGUUACUGUUCUUCGCCACACCGUUAGGUCCAUUAGGAGCUUCGUGAAGUUGUUGGUGAAUGAAAUGAGAUCUGCUGGAUGGGAUAUUGAUGCUUCAGUGAAUGCUAUUACUGAACACAAUGUGGUUUACUUCAAAGAAGAUCACAAGUGUUUUGCAAUCGAGUCCUUUAUUUGUAAGGAAAUGUUUGAUUCCUUCAACUUUCCCAAUUUCUCUCUACCUAAUGAGUCUUUGCCAGAUAGGAACAAGAGGCAAUUGUUCUUUGGGAGGUUCAAUGAGCUAAAAUCUAUGAAAGCAAAGGAGUUUCUUGCAGGGAAGCCAAGAUCACCAUUUGCUAAAUUUUGCAGGAUCAAGUACUUACGAAUUGUUCAUCCCAAGAUGGAGGCAUCAUUCUUUGGUAACCUGAGCCAGAGGAACAUGUUGAAUGCUGGAGAGUUUCCUGACACCAACUUCUUCACAUCAUUUGCUGAAAUGGCUAAAAGGGUUUGGCUCCUACAUUGCUUAGCCUUUUCCUUUGAGCCUCAAGCUUCAAUCUUUCAAGUGAGGAAAGGGUGUAGAUUCUCUGAUGUGUACAUGGAGAGUGUGAAUGAUGAAGAAAUGGCAGUGGAAUCUGAGCCACAAGUUGGUUUCACUGUAGUUCCAGGGUUUAUGAUUGGUAAAACUGUUAUACAGUGCCAAGUCUACCCUUCAAAGCACCAAGGCAUAUUAAAAAGUUUCACUUCCAAAAAGCAAAGGUAGCAGCAACUGGUGUUUUGAUCAGUCACUGACCCCACAAUUGUGCAGUAGGUUUGGUUGUUGAAGUGGAAGCAAUGUUGAGUUGAACUUUUUGGAGGGUGGGAAGGGAAGGACAUGGCUUGUGGGGACUGACCUCUUGGAUGGUUCAAUGGGGCAUCUUGUCCAUUUGUAUUUUGGCCAGCUUGAAAAGAGAAGAGUGUGAACCGUUGCAUUGGGAACCACCCUUUUGUUCAGAAUGUUUUUAUUUCUUAUGCAGUUCAAUCAAAAUAUUUGCCUCCAAAUUUUGUUGAUAUUAGGGCCGGUGGCAGGGAUUGUCUAGCUGUAAUGCAUCUUUUUUACCAGACAUUGCAUGUGUUAUGUACAUAAUAAUGUAGGUGGUAAUUUCAUUAUGCUCUUUUUAACGUGUUUAUUUAUUUAUUUCUCAACAUUCUUAAAUUAAUAGUAAGAAUUAGAAAUUAGUCGAUCUUCUU